CACUUUCACAUACACGCACUGCUCACAGUGUUGCAUCUCUCCGCCGCGGUGUGUGUGCCUGUGUUAACGCACGUGUGCACCAUAGAGAGAGAGAGAGAGAGAGAGAGAGAGAGAGAGAGAGAGAGAGAGAGAGAGAGAGAGAGAGAGAGAGAGAGAGAGAGAGGAGAGGGAGAGGAAGGGAGAAGGGAAAAGCGAGCAAUCGAGAGAACGAGGGGUAAAGAGACGGCGAGUGCAAGAGCGCAAGACAAAGCAAUGAAAUUCAUCAGAACCGUUUACAUCCUGUUCCUCUUUCCUGCUUUAAGCUUCAACAGCAGCUAUGAGGGGCUGGAAAAGAAGCUGAAGGAGGUUUUCACAGAGAGGACAGGAAUUUUACAACACCUUUCUAAAACAUCAAAGGAGCUGGAAAGCAUAAAGGGUAACCUGCAGUCUCUAAAGAAUGAUGAUGCUGUGCCCAAAAAGGAUGUGCAGAGAAUCUUGGAUCUCAGUCACAAGCAAAGGGAUGAAAUGAAGUCACUCCAGGCAGCUCUGAAGAAGCAACUGGAUGAUGCAGCUGAACGUGCAGAGAAGCAGCAGGCCACCAUCAAGUACUUAAAAAUGGAGAUGGAAAAGAAGACCAAAAUCAUCAAAGACCUGCAGCAAGAGAAUAAAAGCUUAAAGAACAAACUUAUGUCUGGGAACAAGCUCUGUGAAAUACAUGCAGAAGAGUCCAAAAAAAUCCAAGCCCAACUGAAAGAGCUGAGGUAUGGCAAAAAGGAUUUAAUUUUCAAGGGUCAGCAAUUGAUGGACCUGGAGAAUAAACUCAGAGUUGCCAAAGAUGAACUGGAGAAGGCUGCACUGGACAAGGAGUCACAGCUAAAAGCCCUGAAGGACACCGUGCAUAUCUGCUUUUCGUCUGUCUUACACAGCCAGACAGGAAGUUUACACAGAUUUCCAGCCACACCCACCAACCUGUUGAGGUAUUCUGCCCUGGUCAACAACUCAAGAGUCACCUUUCAACAGCCACAUGCAAAGGACAUCCCAAAAGUUCCCCGGAUCACAACAACAAGUAAAUUCCCUGUGAGCAGUGCGGUAAUGAGGAGAGAUGGCUCAGGACAGAAAGACUGCCAGAUGGUGAAGGUGGGAGCAGACUGUUCCCACAAUCAGACUGAAAGUAGAUCUGAGAUGAAAAAGAUGUUUGGAGACAGUCAAUCGAAGACCCCAGAGCAAACUGGACAAGGCCAAGCAAGGACAUCAGAGGAAAGUGUGAAAACAGAUGGAGACCUAAAAAAGACACAAAUGGACAAACACAACUAAGAGACAUUGGAAGACUUGGCAGAUUUUCUGCAUGGUAAAAAUGAUGUCAGACCUGUUUAAGCCCCUCUUCAUUCACCGAACUUAUAAGCACACUCACUCACACACACACACACACACACACACACACACACACACACACACACACACACACACACACACACACAAACAAACGCAUACACACUGUAGGGCACGAACAGGCAAACAUAAUCCCAGAAAGACACAAACAUAAAAACUCAACCUAGCACUCACUGUAAUGUAGAAAAAGGAAUUCCCAACUUUAAAUUUUGAACUUCCUUGAUAAAAACCAACAGCAUAGUAUGGCAUGCAUUAUAGAGUUUUAGAUUUUGAUUUUAAGAGGUUUAUGAUGGUACUGGUUGUUUUUAAUAACUGUUAAUUUUUUUUUUUUUUUUUUUUUCAUUUCUCCUAAAGUGAGGACACAGUGUUCUUUGAUUUGUGUUUUUUUUUUUUUUUUUUUUUUUUUUUUGGUAAUUUAAAACUGUCUCUGGCACCGCAGAUCAGAAUUUCAGUGUUAAGGGUCAUGCUGAGGGUUGUUUCAGUUCUGUAAAUGUAUCUAAUCUUGUCAGAACAGCUUCUGAUAAUAAUGAACUGAAUGCACUUUGUAAAUUGUAUUCAUCUCCUGAAUUUGCUUAAUGGAAAAUCGAUCCCAACUUUGCUAAAAUGACCAGGUAUGGUUUGUCUCGUGUUGUAGCAAAGAUUAAUUUACUCUUCAUACUCCAUAUUAUGAGGUCUUAAAGGCUCAAGUUGGCUGGCCAACUAUCACUGUUGAAUAUUUCGCAGCUUUUGGUGCCAGAAUUAAAGAGAAAAACUCGACUCACAAUGAGUCGUCUCCCUAAGAAUGAUGUGCCAUGCACCGAGUACUUAAUCUAAUGCUACAUCUCUCUGUUUCUCUACCUUCUUGUGUCCUUUCAAUAAACUGUGAUUUUCGCUAAAUGUGUGCAGAAUAAAUGGUUAUUUGUGGAGUAAAAACUGACUCGUCA